AAACUUUAUAUAUACCUGUGUAUUAACAAGUACUAGUUAAAUAAAGUUUCAAUAAAGAUUUAAAACAUGGCGGAUGCCUCGGCACGAUCGUUGCAAUAUGAAUACAAAGCAAAUUCGAACUUGGUGUUACAAGCUGAUCGAUCUUUGAUUGAUCGGCGACCAAGAGAUGAACCAACUGGAGAAGUCCUUACACUGCAGGGUAAGCUGACUGAAAUUAAAAUGGGAGAUCGUGCUCAAAGAACGAAACCUCCACAAAUGGAAGAGCGAAAAGCAAAACGAAGAAAGCGUGACGAAGAUGAAAAGUUUCAAGCAAAUCUUCGUGGUAGAAGUUUGCUCUCGGACGGUGUGGAUGAAAUGGUUGGGAUUGUUUACAAACCUCGUACGAAAGAAACCCGGGAAACCUAUGAGAUUCUACUCAGUUUCAUACAAGCUGCGAUUGGUGAUCAACCCAGAGAUAUCUUAUGUGGUGCGGCUGAUGAGGUCAUUGCUGUGUUGAAACAAGAAAAGUCAAGAGACAAGGAAAGAAGAAAUGAAAUUCAGCUUCUACUUGGUCAACUAGAAGACUCUCGUUAUCAUGUCUUGGUAAAUUUAGGAAGAAAAAUCACUGACUUUGGUGCUGAAAGUGACUUAAAAGCAACGGAUGAAAAUAUUGAUGAAACGUAUGGAGUUAAUGUUCAGUUCGAAUCUGAUGAUGAAGAUGGUGAUGAUAAUAAGUACGGGGAAGUCCGUGAAGCUUCGGAUGUUGAAGAUGAAGUGGAAGAAGGAGUUGAAGCAAAUGUUGAUACGGUUGUGUCCGCUAAUCUUACAAAUGAAGCUGGUGGUAUUAAUGUGGCUAAAAAUAAAGAUCUUCAUCCUAGAGAUAUCGAUGCUUACUGGCUGCAAAGAAAUUUAAGUAAGGUGUAUGAUGAUGCUAUUGUUUCUCAGCAGAAAGCAGAAGAAGUAUUGGAAAUUCUUAAGACAGCUGGGGAUGACCUUCAGUGUGAAAACCAGCUUGUUCAUCUGCUUGGAUUUAAUCAGUUUAACUUUAUUAAGACUUUACGACUUCAUAGGCAGAUGAUUUUGUAUUGUACCUUGCUUGCUAGUGCUCAAAGUCUUGAUGCAAAACAAGAAAUUGAGAAAAAAAUGGAAAGUGAAGCUGACCUCAAAAUGAUCUUGGAGCAACUUCACGACACUGAAAAAGAAGAUAUUAUCCGUGAAGAGCAAGAUCGAAGGGAAAGACUCCGACGUUCGAAAGUUGAUGCGGAUUUGAAAGCAACUGAUGCAGAAAAUGUGAAAAGUGAAGAUGUUUAUCAACCAAGUCAGAAAUCUAUUGAUCUUGAAGAUCUUGAGUUUAACCAAGGUUCCCAUUUAAUGGCGAAUAAGAAAUGUCAGUUGCCAGAUGGUUCCUAUCGAAAGCAAAGAAAAGGAUAUGAAGAAGUAUAUGUACCUGCUUUAAAACCAAAACCAUUUAAAAAUAAGGAAAAACUUGUUAGCAUUGAAAGUUUGCCUAAAUAUGCUCAAAAUGCUUUUGAGGGGUUCAAAUCACUAAACAGGGUGCAAAGCAAGCUUGCAGACACAGCUUUAAACAGUGAUGAAAAUAUUUUGCUUUGUGCUCCAACUGGUGCAGGAAAAACCAACGUUGCACUUCUGUGCAUGUUAAAGGAGAUAGGAAAACAUAUCAACGUGGAUGGAUCAAUAAAACUGGAUAACUUUAAAGUGAUUUACAUCGCUCCGAUGAAGUCUUUGGUUCAAGAGAUGGUUGGAAGCUUUGGAAAGAGACUUGCCAACUACGGUGUUAAAGUCGCUGAGCUCACUGGUGACCAUCAGUUGUGUAAGGAAGAAAUAAAUGCGACUCAGGUUAUCAUAUGCACCCCUGAGAAGUGGGACAUCAUUACACGUAAAGGAGGUGAAAGAACAUACACUCAGUUGGUUCGUUUGAUAAUCAUGGAUGAAAUACAUAUGCUGCAUGAUAGUCGUGGCCCUGUUCUUGAAUCAAUUGUUGCACGAACAAUCAGAUCAAUUGAAACCACCCAGGAAGAUGUGAGGUUGGUUGGAUUGUCAGCUACGCUACCAAACUAUGAAGAUGUUGCUACUUUCCUCCGUGUUGAUCCAGCAAAAGGUUUAUUUUACUUUGACAAUAGCUUUCGCCCCGUUCCCCUCGAACAACAUUACAUUGGUAUCACUGAAAAGAAACCAAUGAAGAGAUUCCAAGUUAUGAAUGAAAUUGUUUAUGAGAAAGUGGUUGACAAUGCAGGCAGAAACCAGGUUUUGAUUUUUGUUCAUUCCCGUAAAGAAACUGGUAAAACUGCCAGAGCAAUCCGGGAUAUGUGUAUUGAUAACGACACAUUGGGGCAGUUCUUAAGAGAAGGUUCAGCAUCAACUGAAGUUUUACGUACAGAAGCUGAACAAGUUAAGAAUAUGGAAUUGAAAGAUCUUCUGCCAUACGGGUUUGCCAUUCAUCAUGCUGGUAUGACUCGUGUUGACAGAACGCUUGUUGAAGAUUUGUUUGCGGAUCGACACAUACAAGUUUUAGUUUCCACAUCUACCUUGGCAUGGGGCGUCAACUUACCUGCUCACACUGUUAUAAUAAAAGGAACACAAGUGUAUAACCCUGAAAAGGGUCGAUGGGUUGAACUUGGUGCAUUGGAUGUUUUACAAAUGAUGGGUAGGGCAGGUCGACCACAGUAUGAUACUAAAGGUGAAGGUGUCCUGAUAACUACACACAAUGAGCUUCAAUAUUAUUUGUCUCUUUUGAAUCAACAGUUACCUGUUGAAAGUCAAAUGAUCUCCUGUCUCCCCGAUGCUUUGAAUGCUGAGAUAGUGCUUGGGAAUGUACAGAAUAUAAAAGAUGCUGUUAAUUGGUUGGGUUACACAUACCUUUAUAUUCGUGCACUGAGACAACCAUCACUGUAUGGAGUGGAAUCACCAGAAGACGAUCCGAUGCUUCAACAACGAAGAAUUGAUUUAGCUCAUGCAGCUGUCACAAUGCUGGCCAAGAACAACUUAGUGAAAUAUGACAGAAAAUCUGGUCAGCUGCAAGUUACUGAUCUUGGACGAAUUGCAAGUCAUUAUUACUGUACAAAUGAAAGUAUGGCCACAUACAAUCAACUUCUAAAACCAACAUUGAGCGAAAUUGAGUUGUUCCGCGUAUUUUCUCUUUCAUCUGAAUUUAAAUAUAUCACUGUCAGGGAAGAAGAAAAAUUAGAGUUGAACAAACUUUUGGAAAGAGUGCCGAUUCCUAUUAAAGAAAGCAUUGAGGAAGCUUCAGCCAAAGUCAAUGUGCUACUACAAGCUUACAUAUCCCAACUUAAAUUAGAAGGAUUUGCUUUAAUGGCGGAUAUGGUUUAUGUCACGCAAAGUGCAGGAAGACUUAUCCGUGCUUUGUAUGAAAUUGUUCUUUAUCGAGGUUGGGCUCAGCUUGCAGAUAAAUGCCUCUCACUGAGUAAGAUGAUUAACCGAAGAAUGUGGCAGUCAAUGACCCCACUGCGGCAAUUUAAAAAAGUCCCAGAUGAAGUUGUGAAGAAAAUUGAAAAGAAAAAUUUUCCAUGGGAACGGUUUUAUGAUUUGGGUCAUAAUGAGAUUGGAGAGUUAAUUCGGAUGCCAAAGAUGGGAAAACUUCUUCAUAGGUUAAUUCAUCAGUUUCCCAAGAUGGAAUUAUCAGUCCAUGUUCAACCUAUCACCAGAUCAACCUUACGAGUGGAAUUGACGAUCACACCAGAUUUUCAAUGGGAUGAAAAGAUUCAUGGGAACUCUGAGGGAUUCUAUAUAUUUGUGGAAGAUGUUGAUGGUGAAGUAGUCUUGCAUCAUGAGUUCUUUCUUUUAAAAAGCAAAUAUGCAUCUGAUGAGCAUGUUGUCAACUUCUUUGUUCCGGUGUUCGAGCCUCUUCCUCCUCAACAUUUCAUCAGGAUCAUAUCGGAUCGAUGGAUCGGAUCAGAAACCCAACUUCCAGUUUCAUUCAGACAUCUCAUCUUGCCAGAGAAGUAUCCGCCACCAACCGAGCUUCUUGACUUGCAACCUCUUCCUAUUAGUGCACUAAGAAACUCAGAAUACGAAGCCCUAUAUGAGAAUGACUUUCCUUGUUUUAACCCAAUUCAAACACAAGUUUUUAACGCAAUCUACAAUGGAGAUGAAAAUGUAUUCGUUGGAGCUCCUACUGGUAGCGGGAAAACGGUUUGUGCUGAAUUUGCUUUGCUGCAUGCGUUGAAUCUUGACCCUGAUUCAAGGUGCGUUUAUGUCACACCCGUCGAAGCUGUUGCUGAUUUAAUUUACAAAGACUGGCGUAAAAAGUUUGAAGUCAGUUUGGGGAAACGAGUUGUCCUGUUAACAGGAGAAACAAGCACGGAUCUUCGUUUAAUAUCAAGAGCAUCAAUCAUCAUCGCUACUUCAGAGAGAUGGGAUGUUAUUUCUCGACGAUGGAAGCAACGGAAGAAUGUUCACACUGUAUCGCUCUUCAUUGUUGAUGAAAUUCAUUUGAUUGGAGGGGAGAGUGGACCUGAACUUGAGGUUGUUUGUUCUCGAAUGCGGUACAUCGCAUCCCAGCUUGAUAAGAAUAUUCGAAUCAUUGCACUUGGAUCUUCGUUGGCAAAUGCUAAAGAUGUCGCUCAGUGGUUAGGAUGUACAAACAUGCAUACAUUCAAUUUUCAUCCAAAUGUACGACCAGUGCCGCUUGAACUUCACAUUCAAGGGUUCAACAUCAGCCACACUCAGUCAAGACUUCUCAGCAUGGCAAAACCUGUUUACAACGCUAUAACAAAGCACUCACCAAAGCAAGCCUGCAUUAUAUUUGUGCCUUCCAGAAAGCAGUGUAAGCUUACUGCAGUUGAUAUUUUAACUUAUACUGCAGCAGAUGCCUCGGCACAGAGGUUUCUUCACUGCAAUGAAUCGGAGUUAGGUGCUUAUUUGGAACAUGUUAAGGAUGCUACGUUGAAAGAAACACUGAGCAAUGGAGUUGCUUAUUUACACGAUGGUUCAACUGAGUUGGAACGUACUGUUGUGGAACAACUGUUUUCUUCAGGUGCAGUUCAAGUGCUUGUUGCUUCCCGUAGUUUGUGCUGGGGAUUAAAUCUCGCCGCUCAUUUGGUUGUGAUCAUGGAUACCCAGCAUUACAAUGGCAAGAUUCAUGCAUAUGUUGAUUACCCUGUGACAGAUAUAUUGCAGAUGAUUGGCCGUGCCAAUCGACCAUUAAAGGACGAAGAGGGAAAAUGUGUGAUUAUGUGUCAAAGCUCAAAAAAAGACUUUUUCAAGAAGUUUGUUUACGAGCCACUGCCAGUAGAAUCCCACCUUGACCACUGCUUGCAUGAUCACUUUAAUGCAGAGAUUGUCACCAAAAUUAUUGAAAACAAACAAGAUGCUGUUGAUUACUUGACCUGGACUUUCCUUUACAGAAGAAUGAGUCAAAAUCCAAACUAUUACAACUUGCAGGGUGUCUCGCAUCGACAUUUAUCUGACAGUUUAUCUGAAUUGGUAGAGAAUACUUUAGCUGAUCUUGAGCAAUCAAAAUGCAUUUCAAUUGAAGAUGAAAUGGAUAUCACUCCGCUAAAUUUGGCUAUGAUUGCCGCUUACUAUUACAUUAAUUACACCACAAUUGAGUUAUUCAGCAUGUCUCUCAAUGCAAAAACAAAGAUACGUGGUUUGAUUGAGAUCAUUAGUAACGCUGCAGAAUAUGAGAGCAUCCCUAUUCGACACCAUGAAGACAGCACACUGAAACAACUUUUACCAAAAGUUCAGCACAAGCCACAAAACCUAAGGUUUACUGAUCCACAUAUUAAAACCAACCUCUUGAUCCAAGCUCAUCUUUCAAGACUUCAGUUACCAGCAGAACUACAAUCUGACACCGAACAAAUACUUGGAAAAGCUAUCCGAUUAAUACAAGCCUGUGUUGAUGUAUUGUCUUCAAAUGGCUGGCUUUCUCCAGCUCUUGCUGCAAUGGAGCUUGCACAGAUGGUAACACAAGCAAUGUGGAGUCGAGAUUCCUAUUUAAAACAACUGCCACACUUCAGUGCCGACCUCAUUAAACAAUGCACUCAAAAGGAGAUUGAAAGCGUGUUCGAUAUUCUUGAGAUGGAAGAUUCAGAUCGAAGUCAACUCCUCAAGAUGAAUGAGUCGCAGAUGGCAGAUGUUGCGAGGUUUUGCAACAGGUUCCCAAACAUUGAACUGAAUUAUGAAGUUCAAUCUGAAGAUGAUCUGCACGCUGGCACCCCCGUGGUCAUUAAUGUUGUGUUAGAAAGGGAAGAUGAAGUAGCUGGUCCAGUGAUCGCUCCAUUCUUUCCACAGAAGCGUGAAGAAGGUUGGUGGGUGGUGGUGGGUGACCCGAAGACAAACAGCCUUAUUUCAAUCAAACGACUUACACUUCAACAAAAAGCAAAAGUGAAAUUAGAUUUCAUUCCUCCUUCUGCUGGUUCACAUUCCUAUACUUUAUAUUUCAUGAGUGAUGCUUACAUGGGAUGUGACCAGGAGUAUAAACUUCUACUUAACGUGCGAGAAUCUGCUGGUGAAAGUAGUGCCAGUGAUUCUGAUUAAAAUUAUUAGUUUUUAAUCUGCAUUAUUCGUUUUUUUUUUUUCGCUAAAUGGGAUUUGCUAGCUAAAAUAUGUCAAUUUAUAAUGUACAUAUCUAAAAUUCAGUUUUACCAAAUUAUGAACUGCUGUGUACCAGUUUUUUGAUUAGUUAGCUAACUUUAUGCGAUGGUAAUUUCAAUCAUACACAUGGUAAAUUGUAUAUACUCAAACCAAUUGAUUGUAUAUAAUUAAAACACAAGUU